AUGGCAGAGAGCCCAGUGACUUUCCUACUCAACAAGCUCACACAAUUCUUUGAGAAUGAGGUGAGGUACCGGACAGAUGCUCGAGAAGAAGCUCUCUCAGUGAAAGUAGAAUUCGAGCGUGUCCGGGGCUCCCUCAGGGUUGCAGAUUUCCUCGAGGAAACUGACGACGAAGUCAAAGCGUGGGUGAAGCAGUUGAGAAACACAGCCUAUGAUAUGGCGGACGCACUCGAUGAGUUCUCACUGGUCCUGAGACAUGAUCAUGGAGUCGGGUUCACUGGCCUCAUCAGCAGGAUGUCCUGCUGUGUCAAGAACCUGAAGGCUCGAUACCGUGUCACGUCCGAGAUAGGGCGCAUCAACUCCAGAGUAAAGGGUAUUUGUGAUGGGUACCAAAGGCUGUUGCACAAAUUCAGCAGGGUUCAACAAGAUCUGAGCUUGACUGUCACGAAUGACACAUGGCAGGACCACCGAGGCAAUGCCGUUCUCCUAGACAAAACUGACCUAGUGGGAAUUGAGCAACCAAAAAGCGAGCUGGUUGGGCAGUUACUUGACUGGGGUCCCAGGCGUGAGGUCAUCUCCAUCGUGGGAAUGGGAGGGUUGGGUAAAACCACUCUGGUGAGGCAAGUCUUCGAAGACCCUGCUGUGAAGAAGCAUUUCACGGUGCAUGCUUGGAUCACUCUCUGUCGGUCCUCGAAGAUUGAAGAGGUCCUCCAAGACAUGCUUGAUCAGAUUAUAAGGGUGAUCAGGAAACCGGUCCCUCAUGGAGCCAACACUAUGACUAGCCACUGGCUGAAGAUGAUCAUCAAGGACUUGCUUCAGGGGAGGAGGUACCUGAUUGUCCUCGAUGACAUAUGGCACAUAAACGAAUGGGAUGCGGUCAAGCAUGCCUUUCCUACCAAUGGUCACGGAAGCCGGGUGAUCAUCACUACCCGGAAUGCAGAUCUGGCGUCUACCUCCUGCAAGGAGUUCAAUGGGCAGGAAAAAAAGAUGGAGCCGCUCAAUCCCGAACAGUCGUGGGAGCUUUUCUGUAGGAAGACAUUUCAGGGGAACUCAUGCCCUUCCCACCUGGAGGAGAUAUGUAAGUACAUUUUGAGAAAGUGUGAAGGACUUCCACUGGCAAUCGUGGCCAUCAGCGGUGUUCUGGCCUCAAAGGACAGAUGGAGGAUCUAUGAAUGGGAAUUGGUUCGUCGCAGUCUUCAUAUUGAGAUCGACUGCAACGACAAACUUAAAAACUUGAAGAGAGUUCUUUCCCUUAGCUUUAAUGAUCUGCCAUACUACCUAAAAUCCUGCUUCUUGCACUUGAGUUUAUUUCCUGAGGGUUGCCUCAUUAAUCGUAGGAGACUGAUACGGUUAUGGGUCGCAGAAGGUUUUGUGGAAAAGAAAGAAGGAAAGACCCUGGAAGAAGUUGCUAAGGACUACUUCGUGGAGCUGUUGAACAGAAGCCUGAUAGAGGUGGCUUCUAAACGAAGUGAUGGAAGGGUCAAGUAUUGCCGCAUCCAUGAUUUUCUGCGGGACAUUAUCACUUCAAAGUCAAUUGAUCAGGGCUUUGCAGAAAUAUCCAAAGAAGAAAAUCAUGAAUGGCCAGAUAAAGUCCGUCACCUGUCAAUACAGAACACCCUGCAAGCUCUGCAAAAGAACUUGUCCUGGUCUCGACUUCGUUCUUUAUAUACAUUUGGGAUAGAGAGAUCAUUUAUGAAUGAGGUUCUAGCUAGUGAUAUGAAACUACUCAAUGUUUUGGAUUUGCAAGCGGCUCCAUUAACAAGGUUCCCUGCUCAAGUUGCUGAUUGGUGUUAUCUAAAGUAUCUAAGUUUCAGGUUCACUGAGGUGAGUACAAUACCAAGUUCUAUCGGGAAGCUUCAAAACUUAGAGACUCUAGACCUUAAACACACUAAAGUCACUGAGCUGCCUUUCGAGAUCUUGAAACUUCGACGACUUCGUCAUCUCCUUGUUUAUCGUUACAAGAAUAUAUCCUAUUCAUCCUUCGAAUUCGGCUUUAGGGUUUUUAGGGGAAUAGGGGCUUUGCAAUCCCUUCAGAAGCUGUGCUACAUAGAGGCAGAUGACGAGAGUAGGAACAGUGUGAUUAGGGAACUUGGAAUGUUGACACAACUGGAUAGGUUAGCCAUUUUGAAACUUAGAAAAGAAGAUGGAAGGGAUUUGUGCUUGUCAAUCUCCAAACUAACCAGGCUUCGAGCAAUAUCUGUAGCUUCUGUUGAUGAUGAUGAGAUUAUUGAUCUGCAGCACCUCUCUAGUCCACCUCCAUUCCUUCAGAGAAUCUACUUGAGAGGACGCUUGGGGGCUUUACCACACUGGCUACCCUCUCUCAUUAGCCUGACGAAAUUGCACCUGAGGCACAGUCGCUUAAAGGAUGACCCUCUCAUUUCUCUCAAAAAUCUGCCAAAUCUUAUGCAUCUCGAGUUGCUUCAGGUUUACGAAGGAAGCUCAUUGUGCUUUGAAGCAAAAGCCUUCAAGAAGCUAAGGACUCUGGGUCUUGAUCAUUUUGACGAACUCAGAUGCAUAGAUGUGGAGAAGGGAGCAAUGCCUUAUCUUGAGAAGUUUAUCAUUCAGCGUUGCAAGUUAUUGGAGAAGCUUCCAUCAGGCAUUGAACACCUGACAAAGCUGAAAGUGCUGGAAAUUUUCGAUAUGCCGGAUGAGCUCAUCAAGAAGCUUGUGCAAGGUGGACAAGAUGAUGAGUAUCAGAAAGUUGCGCAUGUUCCACAUGUAUAUUUUGGCUACUGGAGAGAUGGCGGUUGGGAUGUCCAGUUAAUGGAGAGAUCACUCCAGAGAGAUAAGAUUAGUGCGUGUUCAAGGCACGAGCACGAGGACCAUGAGAACCCACAGUUGUAAAUUUAUUGCAAGGUAGCUGUAACUUCGAGCCUGUCUCUAGAUGCCAUUUAGGAGCCAUCAAAAUAUGUUUGUAUUGUUCGGAGUUAGCUGUUUGGUAAUAUUAGAUACG